UGGGUCGACUCCUAUCAUAGAAUGUCAACAGCAAUUGUUUAAACAAGGUAAAGACCCCCAAAGCAUUGACCUUGGAUUCGAAACAAAGCAAAUCUUCAAGAAGUCCAGCUAAGCCCCAUGUCCUUAAUUCACUAGGGAUUAAUGUAAAGAGAAUAGCUGACAACGCGCUUACGACCGAAACCCACUUGAGAUAGUAGCCAAUAAAUACCAACAGAAUAUAGUGUUUUACCCAUCUCCCAAUUUAUCUCCCUCGGCAAGUCAUGAAGAUCUUAAGCAACAAUUGCUUUUUGAUCAUUCUGCUUCUCUUUGUAUCUGGUGCAGUACAAAUCAAGGGAGGAGAAUAUUGUACCUGCGUGAAUCGCGCAAGCCCAUGCUUUUACAAGCAGCUUCCGUGCCCAGCGGGAUGCCCUUCUCAAAAUCCGGCUGACCCAAUGGCUAAAGUUUGCUAUAUCAACUGCAAUUCACCUAUGUGCACACCUGAAUGCAAAACUAGGAAACCAAAUUGCAAUACCCCUGGAGCAGCGUGCUUGGACCCGCGGUUCAUUGGUGCAGAUGGCACUGUAUUCUAUUUCCAUGGCAAAAGAAACGAGCAUUUCACCUUGGUUUCAGAUCUCAAUCUCCAAAUCAACGCUCGCUUUAUUGGACUAAGGCCAGCGGGUAGACAUAGGGACAACACGUGGAUUCAAGCACUAGGAAUCCUUUUUGACUCUUACAGUUUCUCUGUUGAGGCUAUCAAAGCAGAAGCAUGGGAUGAUGAAAUUGACCACCUAAAAUUCUCAUACAAUGGCAAAGAGCUAGUCAUACCCGAAACCUACCCAUCUUUGUGGGUAUCUGCACAAAACAACCUAAAAGUAGAAAGAACAUCGAGGAAAAACAGUGUUUUGGUUACUCUACCUGAAGUUGCAGAAAUUUCAGUCGAUGUGGUGCCAGUGACCGAGGAAGAUGACAGAAUCCAUAACUACCAAAUACCUUUGGACGACUGCUUUGCUCACUUAGAGGUGCAAUUCAAAUUCUUCGGCCUUUCCUCAAAGGUUGAAGGUGUGCUUGGUCGGACUUACCAGCCAGACUUUAAGAAUCCAGCAAAGCCUGGUGUUGCAAUGCCGGUGGUGGGAGGUGAAAACAAAUAUAGGACCACGUCGCUUUUGUCUGCAGAUUGUGAUUCUUGUGUUUUUUCUCCAGUUGGGGUUCACAGCAAGGAUGAAUCUCUGGCUAGGGAUGUGAUGCAGAUUGAGUAGCUUGCUUCAUUAUCUUCUCGUAGAAUUUUUCGGGAGAUUCUUCUAAAUUAUUUGUUGAAUGUUGCUUUGUAUAGAAAAAGGAGUGGUGUGUCGUAUGAGUAAUCCUUAAGUGAUGCAAUUUCAAUUGUCUUGGAAGCUGGAACAAUGUAGCUUUCAAUGUUUUCAGAUGGUUAAUCAAUAAACGUAUUAUUUUAAUGGUACUC